UUUUAGGAUAUUUGUCAAGUGUUAUUAAAUAAGGGUGUUGGGAGACGUUUUUACAAAAGUGAGCCUUCAUCUCUUUCACCUUCUUCUUCUGCCAUUGACCUAGCCGCGGCCAACUCCCCACCUUCUACGAGCUGCUUUCGUCGGUAGGAGUUCUGCCGCCGCACGCUCGGUCAGCCACCGCUCCGAACGCACGCCGCAAGUCGCACGUAGUCUGCCGCUGUUGUCCGUCGUUCUUCAAGCCUCUCACAGUCACCUAUUGUGACGUCACCGGUGCUAGCCUUGUUUGAAUCGUAGUUUCAAGGUUCAGUUUGGUACUUUCUGGUGAGUUUUGUGGGUUUUCUUGAAGAUUUAUACUACCCACCUACGUUGGCUUCAAAUUAUUAAUAUCCAUUAUGUAUGGUUAAUUGGGAUUUUAGAGCCUUGUUAACUGUUGUCCGACGGUAAUUGAGGAGUGUUUUGUCUAAUUUUGGUGAGUGUAUGUGAGAACUACAAGUUUGUCUUUAGAAUUUUGGUUUAAGGGUUGAAUACCCAUGAAUUUGGGAAAUAAAAUUUUGGGUAAAGUGUGUUCUUGGGUUAUUUUGGUAACCCGUUAAUUAUGAGUUUGGAUAUAUGGUUUUGUGGUAACUCGGCUGUUUUCAUUCUUGAGUAGUUGAGUUUUUUGAAUGAUUCAUUCAGCUACUGAAAAAUCCCAUCUCCAUUGACCAUUCGUUCACAAAUUCUGAAUUUUCAUAAUGAACAACUUGUUCUUUUCCUCCUUAAUUCUUCAAUACCGAUGCCAAAGCCCCAAGCUUUUUCUGUACCAUCAAUGGCGAGGAAUAGCCAAGGUUCGUCUCAAAUGGGUUAAGAAUCGGAGUCUCGAUCACAUCAUUGACACGGAGACUGAUUUGAAGGCCGCUUGCCUUCUCAAGAACGCCAUUAAGCGCUCCUCUACUGGCUUUAUCACUGCCAAAUCCAUCGCCAAUUGGCAAAAGCUACUUGGCCUCACCAUCCCUGUUAUUCGAUUCAUUCGGAGGUACCCAACUCUCUUUCACGAAUUUCCUCAUUCUCGUUAUGCUAAUCUGCCUUGCUUUCGUUUGACGGAUACCGCACUACUGUUAGAUCAGGAAGAGAGUAGUAUACAUCAAUUUCACGAGAGUGACACUGUUGAAAGACUUUGUAGAGUGCUUAUGAUGAUGAAAACUAGGGUUCUUCCACUUCAAUCCUUGCGUCCCUUAGAAUGGGAUCUUGGUCUGCCAUGUGAUUUUGAGAGGUCAUUGGUUCCAAGGUAUCCAGAUCAUUUUCAAUUAUUUAAGGCCUCCAAUGGGGAUUGGUGUCUCCGGCUUAAGGAAUGGCGUGAGGAAUUUGCAGUUUCAGCCUUGCAAAGGAGCAAUGAGAGUUCUGGAUUGGGGGAUGCAUAUAGGCAAUUCAAAAGGGGGUGUACCACAUUGGCUUUUCCUCUGAGUUUUCCAAGGGGAUAUGGGGCACAGAAUAAGGUAAAAGCUUGGAUGGAAGAGUUUCAGAAGUUACCUUACAUUUCUCCAUAUGAGAGUUGUAGGCAGAUCGAUCCCAAUAGUGAUCUCAUGGAGAAAAGAGUUGUUGGGGUUCUACAUGAGCUUUUGAGUUUGACUCUUCACAAAAAAACUAAAAGAAACUAUUUGAGAAGCUUGAGAGAGGAAAUGAAUCUCCCUCACAAGUUCACUCGAAUCUUCACCCGAUAUCCUGGAAUUUUUUAUCUCUCCUUGAAGUGUAAGACCACCACUGUGUCUCUCAAAGAGGGGUAUCAACAAGGAAAGCUAGUGACCCCUCAUCCGUUGACAUGUGUAAGGGAGAAGUUUUAUCAUGUCAUGAAGACUGGGCUGUUAUACCGUGGGAAAGGCGCUGCAUUGUUGGAAAAGGAGGGCAUUUUGCUUAAUAAUACAGCAGAGGAGGCGGAGGCGGAAGGUGGUUCAAAUACUGAAUCAGAUGAGAUAGGUUAUGAUGAAUGUUUGGAGGAUGACAACUCACAAUUAGAGGAAUCUGAUUCAGAUUAAUAGACCAAACAUUGGACUCAGAUAAAUGGAUCCUUCCUUUGCUAGUUGGCCAAAAAGAGGCACAAAAAUCAAUGCCUCCGGCUCCUAUUUAUCUAUAUGAAAAACAGAAGAAAAAUAUGGGUUUGAACCAAAUUAGUUUCUUUAGAAGAAGCAUUAUUGUCAAUAGCAAAGACCUAAUACAACUGACAUCUGUUUGAACAUUUGCUGCCGGAGGCAAAUCAAAGAAGGGAUCUAAAGGGGGUGCAGCUGCUAAUGCUCCUAAAGCGUCGAUACUAAGUAAAGAGGUGACGUCUACUACUGUAAUUGGUGCCAAUAUUCUCAAAGAAGUUGCAGACUCAAAACUUAUGGCAGACUCAGGGUACUACUCUGUUUGGCUGUGGCAUUUGCUUGAUAAACAUCCACCUCUAAGCAAGCACAUUGCGGAGGAAGAAUGUCAGAAACCCUUUCCCAACGGAUCUCAAACACUUCGGUAAAUUGGAUAGUCGAGAAAGAAUCAAGGAAAACAGCUUUAUUAAGGCCAAGAGUUGAUGUAACAAUUUAGUUAGAGGCACACUUUCUUAUUGUUCCCCUUGUGGAUGUAAAGCCCCUCAUGUGGAAUGAUUGUUAAUAACUAGCAAGUCUCAUCUUUGUUGAUUUGUGCUGCUAUCACAUUUUCUUUCUUUC